AUGGCCUCCAUAGCUCUUUCUUCCUCUGCCAAGCCGCUCACUUUCCAGGUCCUCGACCAAAUCCAAGACUCUCCAAAGGAUGUGGGAACUGUGUUAACUGACCUAGGAGGUGUGGCUUCUGGAGUUUCUGGAGGGCUCCGUCACCCUUAUUCUCCAAAAGGCAUGGUGCUGAGUGUUGGAGAGAAUGAGAGAAUGUUUAGAGCUCUUACAUGUUGCCGAGACAUCAGUUUCUUCUUAGUUCUUCCAUUUAUACAUCUCCCCUGGAGAAGGAAAACUUUAUCGGAAAUUUUGAGACCAGCAACGAAUGCAAAGGCUUUGGGUUUAUUGAGUGACCUUCUAUUUUCCAGGAGCUAUGAAUGA